AUGGACCAACCGGCAUGGCCUUCGGCGACUCCUCCAUCACAUGCAUCGCCCUCCAAGGAGUACAAUGUGCCACAACCGGUGACACAACAGCCAUCGUCGUCGUUUCAUUCAACUCCGCCAUCGAAGGCAUAUGACCCGCUGCCGCAGUCAGUACAGAUGAUACCUUCUCAUGUUCCAUUAACCAAAGAGCAUGAGCCAGUGAUGUCACAAACCCCUCCACAAGCAGACCGUUCUGCCAGUCAGGCGCGUAACACAUACCAGACGCCAUCCAUCACAAACCAACAGAUGAAAUCUCCGAAAGUACCAUCCAAGAGGCACGAAACUAUAGUGCCGACAUUGGUGCCUAUGCAUGCACCUACUCCGGCACCAUCUAAGGUUCAUAACCCACUGCAACAAUCUGAACAAGCAGUUCUUCACACCGAUGUGUUUGAUGAACCAUCGCUAUCAGAUUUAACAUCACAACCCCCGGCUCAGGCAGUUUACCCUGCCCGUCAACCAUCAAAGACAUACAAGAAUUUGCCAUCCAUGAACCAACAGUCAAUGCUUCCUCAUGUGGCAUCCAAGAGGAAUGAGACUCCAAUCCUUGCUGUGGCGCCUACGCUUGCUCAUCCUCCAGUACCAUCUAAGGUCCAUGAUCCAUUGGCACAGUCUAAAAAGACAGUUCUUUCUUGUUUGCCAUCCAACAAGGCGCAUGAUGAGCCACCACCUGCACAGGUGUCGUCACAACCCCCUUCACAGGUAGCAUGGCAUGCCCAUCAGCCAUCUAAGACAUGCCAGAAAUUGCCAAGCAUGGACCAAGAGCUAGUGCCUCCUCAUGCACCAUCCAAGAGGUAUGAGCCUCCAGUGCAGGCUGUCGCGCAAACAAAGUCUUUGAAGGAUGCAAACUUCAGCAUGGAAUAUUACUCAGAAGCACAACGUCAAGAAUACUUUCUUAUGGAUGGAUGCCAACAAUACUACUAG